AUGCUCAUCAUGAAUAGUUACAACUUACAAGGAAAACUAGCCGUUACUCACUGUUUCUCACAAACAAAGACAACCUUCGAACUCUGCAUUCCUUCUCUCUCUAUUAUACUCUCAACCCCGCGCGCACCUACACUUCUUUAUGUCAUCACGUGCUCCUUCUCAUUCUUCCUCUCUACAAAAACCAUCCUUCAACUGUUCCUAUCUAUCUCCCCUUCACUUCCAACACACUCUCUUUUUGUUCCACUAAUUCAAACAUCUCUUUUCAUUAUGGUAGUAGAGAAAAUCAACCUUAACUCUUGUCAGUUUUCACAACAUGAAACAAGAAAUGCAGACCAUAUUUCUGACAAGAAGAAGGAAAGAUGGAAGAAGACCCCGCCCAAGGCACACAACAUCCCAUGUUGUUUUCUGUUUCUCUUCUGGGUGUGGAUUCUUGUUCUCGCCACAUGCUUGAAACCAGUUUUGUGUGAAGACGAGGGUUGGGAUGGAGUGGUUGUGACAGCAUCAAACUUCUUAGCACUUCAAGCGUUCAAGCAAGAGUUGGUUGAUCCUGAAGGCUUCUUGCGGAGCUGGAAUGAUAGUGGUUUUGGAGCUUGUUCCGGAGGUUGGGCUGGUAUCAAGUGUGCUAGGGGAGAGGUUAUUGUAAUCCAGCUUCCAUGGAAGGGGUUGAGAGGGCGUAUUACUGAUAAGAUUGGUCAGCUUCAAGGCCUGAGGAAGCUUAGUCUCCAUGAUAAUCAAAUUGGAGGUUCAAUCCCUUCUACUCUGGGACUUCUUCCUAACCUAAGAGGGGUUCAAUUAUUCAACAAUAGGCUAACAGGUUCCAUCCCUCCUUCCUUAGGUUACUGUCCUUUGCUUCAGUCUCUUGACCUCAGCAACAACUUGCUCACAGGAGCAAUCCCUUAUAGUCUUGCCAAUUCCACCAAGCUUUAUUGGCUUAAUUUGAGUUUUAACUCCUUCUCUGGUCCUUUACCAGCUAGCAUAACUCACUCACUUUCCCUCACAUUCCUUUCUCUUCAACAUAACAAUCUCUCUGGCUCCCUUCCUAACUCUUGGGGUGAGAGUCUCAAGCGUGAAGAGUUCUUUAGACUUCAAAAUUUGAUCCUAGAUCAUAACCUUUUUACUGGAAAUGUUCCUUCUUCUUUGGGUAGCUUAAGAGAACUCAAUGAGAUUUCCCUUGGUCAUAAUAAGUUCAGUGGAGCUAUACCAAAUGAAAUAGGAACUCUUUCUAGGCUUAAGACACUAGAUAUUUCUAAUAAUGCCUUGAAUGGGAGCUUGCCUGCUACCUUCUCUAAUUUAUCCUCGCUUACGCUGCUAAAUGCAGAGAACAACCUCCUUGAAAAUCAAAUCCCUGAAACUUUAGGGACUUUACGCAAUCUUUCUGUUCUAAUUUUGAGUAGAAACCAAUUUCGUGGACAUAUUCCUUCUAGUAUCGCAAACAUUUCCACUAUUAGGCAGCUUGAUUUGUCAAUGAAUAAUCUCAGUGGAGAAAUUCCAGUUUCCUUUGACAGUCAACGUAGUCUUCAUCUCUUCAAUGUUUCUUACAAUAGCCUCUCAGGUUCUGUUCCCCCUGUUCUUGCCCGGAAAUUUAACUCAAGCUCAUUUGUGGGAAAUAUUCAACUAUGUGGAUACAGCCCUUCAACACCAUGUCCUUCACAAGCUCCAUCAGGAGUAAUUGUUGCCCCACCUCAUGAAAUGUCAAAACACCACAAUCAUAGGAAGCUAAGUACCAAAGACAUUAUUCUCAUAAUAGCAGGAGUUCUUCUAAUAGUCCUGAUUACACUUUUUUGCAUCCUUCUCUUCUGCCUGAUCAGAAAGAGAUCAACAUCAAAGACAGAGAAUGGCAGAGGUGCGGGGAGAGCUGGCACUAUGAGGACAAAAAAAGGAGUCCCUCCUGUUGCUACUGGUGAUGUUGAAGCAGGUGGGGAGGCUGGAGGGAAACUAGUCCAUUUUGAUGGACCAAUUGCUUUUACAGCUGAUGAUCUCUUGUGCGCAACAGCUGAGAUAAUGGGAAAGAGCACCUAUGGAACUGUUUAUAAGGCGAUAUUGGAGGAUGGAAGUCAAGUUGCAGUAAAGAGAUUGAGAGAAAAGAUCGCUAAAGGUCAGAGAGAAUUUGAAUCAGAAGUCAGUGUUCUAGGAAAAAUUAGACACCCCAAUGUUUUGGCUCUGAGGGCCUAUUACUUGGGACCCAAAGGGGAGAAGCUUCUGGUUUUUGAUUACAUGCCUAAAGGAAGUGUUGCUUCUUUCCUACAUGGUAAGUUUGGUUUUGCAAAUAGGGGAAAACUUAUACAUAGUAGUGGAACAGAAACAUCCAUUGAUUGGCCAACAAGGAUGAAAAUAGCACAGGACAUGGCUCGUGGCUUGUUUUACCUCCAUUCCCAGGAGAACAUUAUACAUGGGAACCUCACAUCCAGCAAUGUGUUGCUUGAUGAGAAUACAAAUGCAAAAAUUGCAGAUUUUGGUCUUUCUAGGCUGAUGACAACUGCUGCUAAUUCCAACGUGAUAGCUACUGCUGGAGCAUUGGGAUACCGGGCACCUGAGCUCUCAAAGCUCAAGAAAGCCAACUCCAAAACUGAUAUCUAUAGUCUUGGUGUUAUCUUGUUAGAACUCCUAACGAGGAAGUCACCUGGGGUGUCUAUGAAUGGAGUAGAUUUGCCUCAGUGGGUUGCCUCUAUUGUCAAAGAGGAGUGGACAAAUGAGGUUUUUGAUGCAGACUUAAUGAGAGAUGCUUCAACAGUUGGCGAUGAGUUGCUAAAUACAUUGAAGCUCGCUUUGCACUGUGUUGAUCCUUCUCCAUCAGCACGACCAGAAGUUCAUCAAGUGCUUCAGCAGUUAGAAGAGAUUAGACCAGAGAGAUCAGUCACAGCCAGUCCAGGGGACGAUUCUAUAGCAUAG